CCAGCAGCGUGUUGUAACAGACCGACAUACCGGGACCGAACCUUACCGAACAGGAUGGAGUGGCAACCAAUGGAAAUCAACCCGGAGAUGCUGAACAAGGUGCUCAGUGGACUGGGAGUGUCGGCUACCUGGAGCUUCGUGGAUGUGUUGGGUCUGGAGGAGGAAGGACUGUCUUCAGUACCGUCUCCCAGCUGCGCCCUCAUGCUGCUCUUCCCCCUGACCCAACAGCACGAGUCGUUCCGGCAGCAGCAGGCUGGGAAGGUCACGGCGGCUACUGGCCUCUACUUCCUGAAACAGACGGUGGUCAACUCCUGCGGCACCGUGGCUCUGCUGCACGCGGUCGCCAACAACCCCACCCACAUAGAGUAUGAUGGCGACUCUGCUCUGAAGAAGUUUCUAGAUGAGACGGCCAACAUGACCCCCGCCCAGCGAGCCACACACCUGGAGAAGAACCAGGCCAUCAGAGAGGCUCAUGAUGAAGUGGCAGCACAGGGCCAGUGCAGGGUGGAGGCAGAUGACGUAAACUUCCAUUUUAUCACCUUCGUCAAUGUGAAAGGACAGCUUUAUGAGCUGGAUGGCAGGAUGGAGGGACCGGUGAACCAUGGAACCACCAAGGAGGACUCCUUCAUCAAGGAUGCAGCCAAGGUGUGUCGGGGUUUUGUGGAGAGAGCAGAGGGAGAGGUCCGCUUCUCUGCUGUAGCCCUCUGUCAUACCUAGAGACCCUGGACACACACACACACACGUGAACCACGGUACACACACACCUGGUAUGCACUGGAAACAUACAGUUUGCACUCUCUCCCCACACACACACACACAUCGCUGCACA